GACGCCCUGAACAAAGCAAAUAGAGGACAAGGGGUUGCUAGGAUGAAAUUGUAUGCACAAUAUUUUGAUCAUUUUACAUCAUUGUUUCCAGUAUUUCUGCUGUGGCCUUGCCAGGUUCUGGAUCAUGUCUCUGUGGGAGGCCCGCUGGCCGGGAGGAAAGAAGGCGUGAAGGAGGAGUGAGCGAGAGAGAAGCGUCGGUAGCUUUUUUUUUUUUUUUUUUUUUUUUACUUCUUUCCUUUCUUCAGGAGUCAAGAGGCCGAAAAUGGGACUAGUCGCCACCUCGCUCGCACUGCUGUGUUUGUGCUCGCUGGGCUUGUGUGUGCCUGCUGGGAGGCCAGAACCAACGCAGGUGUCUCAUCUAGAGGUGAAAAAGGCGAGAGGCGAUGUUCCCGACACCCAUCCUGUUUCCGAACCGGAGCCGACCAACCCGACGUCGGACUUUGAAAACUCCUACAACUAUGUUUUGUCCCGACUGGCCGGGAUCGACCAGGCCAUCCACAAACUCAACGUGGGACAUUACACUCUGGAUGUUCAAGUGGGACAGAUGAUGGAGCAUCUGUCCAGGAUGGACCCAAAAGUCUUUGAGCUGGAGGACAAAAUCCGUGAAGUCUACCAGCACAGCAAAGACAACCGCAAGGAGACCGGAAGACUAGAAGGUUGCCAGAAGGGUCUGAGGGUGGGCUACAAGUGUUACCUGGUCUACAACACCUAUGAGGACUAUGCUGGGGCUUCCAGAAAGUGCCUCGAUCGCGGCGGGCGCAUGGCAAUGCCCCGUGACCGGCGUGAGCAAGAGGCGCUGGCCCACUACACCAAGUCCUUCUUCCACCCGGGCAACUGGCCCGUGUGGUUGGGCAUCAACGACCUGACCUCCGAAGGCCAGUACAUCUUCGACGACGGUACGCGGGUCUCCUACUUCCAGUGGCGCAAGCACUUCCUGUCCAGCCAGCCUGACGGCGGCAAACGGGAAAACUGCGUGGCCAUGUCGUCGGACGACGGCGACUGGUGGGACCACUACUGUGAUCGCACCAUGAACUAUCUGUGCGAGUUUGAUGACAGGGUGGCGCUCUAGAUAUGGACUUUGACACCAAGUUUGUUGGUGUUCAUUGUAUUUCUAAACAAGCUUCAAGUCUCUACAGUUGAUUCUGAUUACAAGUUUGACUCAAUUGAGUAAAUAUGUGCGGAACUAUGGUGACAAACAAAAACACAUUCAAACAAGCCAAAGCUAAUUAAUCUUGCUGAUUGAUCGUAAAAACAAGUUGUUUGUUGCCUUAGUUGUUGCGUAAAACAGACUUUGCAAAAGCUACAUUGUUGUCAGGAUGAGACAUGCAAACAAACAAUGGAGGAAAACGAGCGGAGGACAUUUUAUCUAAGAGGACACUGAGGAGUAUAAUAUUGCAACAACAGGCUAAGCUUACAUCAGCAUGUUUAUUUUUGGCAUUUCUAACCAUGUAACUCAAAAUGUUACAAUUUGCUCAACCAAUAGACUACUAUCAACAAUUCUCAUUGUCCAUACUGUACCAGGUCAGCAUCGCAGCUGACCAGAUACUUGAAAUAGUACCUGCUUUUGCCAGUGGAAAAGCAUAAAUAAUCAGGUAGUUAGCAGUGCUUGUCAUUCAUUCAUACACUUGUGGCGGACCGCCUCAAAUAAAUUUGGUACUACCUGGCUCGCUCAUAUACAUAACGCACCUGAUAUACACGACAAUAGGGAGGGAUCAGUGCUGCCAACUUAGCAUGUUUGUCUUGACAUGAAAAACCAAAAAGAAACGACAGAUGAACAUUUGUUGGUAGUUCCAAAAUUAUUUGUUUUGCUUUUCAUGUCAUUUUUACUCGCUUUUUGCAAAUGCAACAUGGGCAAUUAUGCAAUUUCAACAAUUAGGUCAUUGCAUCCACCUCCACCACAAAUAGACUGUAGUUCUAUGGGAAACACUUAUCAUGCAGUGGAAAAGAAGCUGGAGAUUUACCACUAGCGGUGAGGGCGCCAGCUGGCUAAAGGGAGUAAUGCACAUUUAAGACACCUUUUUACAGCAACAAAGAAUGUUAAAAAUGUUUUAAACACAUCAUUUAAAGCUUUUUGACAAUGUCGUAUCGGUAUUUUGCGACUUGUAUUAAUCUGGUGAUGUCAGCAUAUUGGUUAUAAAGUUACACUGUUGUACUUCCACAGAGCUUUUGUUUUUUAUGUCGGAUUUAGUGUCUCUGAGGGCUGAAAUAAUCCUUACAAAUAUUUGUGCAAAGUCUGGUGCAGGGCGGGACUCGUGUUUGACGGCUGACUCAGAGCCGAGAUUCUCCUCCUAAAAAGUCUUCAUGUUGUAAAAAGUGCACAU